CCACUCUAAGCUUCCAAACUAAGCAAAAAUGGAGGAAAUACACAACAAAGACGGUGAUCGAGUACUACGUCUGCUCAAAUCCCUUCAAAAAGCUUCGAAAGAUCUUCAAAACAAUCCCAUUUUCACGAUGAACAAAACCCAAUUCUCCGUUGAUCCUUUCUCAGACAUUGACAAAGAUGCCAACACCAUUCUUUCUGGUAACCCCAGACUCAUCAAGCUAUCACAGCUGCUCUGCGACCUCAAAUCCCUACUGGAAAAGCUCCAAAGGCAUCAAGGCUACAGCCUCUCUUCAAUCCUUCAACGCCAAAUCACCAACUAUAAGAUUUGUCAAGUUGCAUAUGCAGUUGAUGCUGAAAUUCAAGCUUACAUUGAUCGGGAAAGUGUUGAAAAUCUUGUAAACAUACUGAAGGAAUCGGAGGAAGAAGAUGAGAAAGUAAGGGUUUUAGUCGAUUUUGAGAAGCGAUUAUCGAGAGGGUUUGAUCUGGGUUUCCAGGAAUGGGUUCUUAAAGCCAAAGUGUUCUCCAUUCUUGAGGCUUUCCUUUGUGACGCCACAUGUUCGAUGAAAGUUCGAAACCAAGCUGCCCUCGCCAUUGCUGCUUUGAUUAGAUUCAACAAGGAUGUGUUCGUGGGGUUGGUGUUGAUGGGUCCGACUGUUCGAGCUUUGAUUUCCAUGGCUUCCGCCCGUUCGAUUCAAGUUGUUUCCUUGCUGAUCAAAACCAUCAGAAUCCCUCUGGUCGAUGAACUGGAAACAUACAAAGAAAUCACGAGAAUCAUCAGCCUCUUGAGCUCAGAAAACGUUUCGAUUCAAGUUGCAGCCUUCGAUUGCAUACUGGGAAUUGCAUAUUAUGGGAGAAAAGAAGCGAUUGAGAACAUGCUUCGAGUUGGGUUGAUCAAGAAGCUUGUGGAGUUGCAAAGAUCAGAACAUGGAGACAAUUUUCCCGAGAAAAUCCCUGAAGAAGAAGAAGAAGAAGAAAAAGACGAAGAUAGAUACGUGGAGAAAUACCCAUUUGCAGGAUGUGUGGCGAGGUUUGCAGUACAGGUAGAAGUAGGAGAAAUGUUGAGCGAAAAAGAGAAGAUGGAAUUUAAAUUGGAAAUAUUAAGAAUGGUAAGAGAAGUCUCUGUUUCUGAAGCAGAGUCCACCACCAUUGCUGCAGAGGUAUUAUGGGGUUCUUCACCUUGAAUUGGAGUUUCUUUUGUUUGGUUGCCGAGAAAAUCAUUGGGAAAAAAAAAAAAAUCCACCAAUGGUUGCAAAACUUUUCAGGCUUGCUCCACCGACCAUUAUGGGGUUCUUCACCUUGAAUUAGAGUUUCUUUUGUUUGGUUGCCGAGAAAAUCAUUGGGAAAAAAAAAAAAAUCCACCAAUGGAAGUCUCUUUUUUUUUUUUUUUAGCUUUAUGGUAUUUUGGUAGAUUUUUUUUUGGGAUUUUAAUUUAGUGUCAGCAAAUUAGCCCCACCAAUACCAAAAAUUCAAAGAACAUUCUGAUAGUGCUUUCUUUCGUAAUAGGGGCACUACAUUUUGUGCAUUAUCUUGUGCAAUAAUACAUCCUUGAUUUUGUACCAAAAUAAUUAUGUUUUCCAUUCUCGAGAAGUGCUUGUAGUGUAAUUGUGCACUUGCAUGUUGUAAAGGGUAAUCUCCUAUUAGCAGCAGCAGACGAUGUAGGACUCAUCCUCAUAUUUAAAAAAUGUCAUUAUUUAUU